GGCUGCUGUCGGUUCGGGCGGGUGAGGAGAGCCGUGCUGCCGGUGCAGCCCCUCGGCUUCCCCCUUGUUUUGAAGCCGGGACGACGACGACGACGACGACGACGAACGACCCGUGACCGUGUGGCUUCCCGCCCACGCGUGAAGGCGGCGUGGGUCGGAGAAAGGAGACACCAACAAAUGGAAUACAAAUUAACUUAAGCCUACACGAGGCUGGUGACACCUGAAAGAGGGGAAAGUGGAGAAGCUGUGCUCUGUGCUUUCUGUCUGACCUGCUGGGAGUACCUUUUGGAGCAUGUUUGCUACUUAACAGGGAACUGAAAUUCAGGCACAAGUGGUUGUAAACAUAAAGAGGGAAUAUGGGUGAAAAGAAGCCAGAACCUUUGGACUUUGUAAAAGAUUUUCAGGAAUAUCUUACACAGCAGACUCACCAUGUAAAUAUGAUUUCUGGAUCAGUUAGUGGAGAUAAGGAAGCAGAGACUCUUCAGGGAGCUGGGACAGAAGGUGAUCAGAAUGGUCUGGAUCAUCCUUCUGUUGAAGUUUCACUGGAUGAGAACUCAGGAAUGUUAGUGGAUGGGUUUGAAAGGACAUUUGAUGGAAAGUUAAAGUGUCGAUACUGCAACUAUGCCAGCAAAGGAACAGCACGGCUUAUAGAGCAUAUCAGAAUUCAUACAGGUGAGAAGCCGCACAGAUGCCAUUUAUGUCCCUUUGCAUCAGCUUAUGAACGUCAUCUGGAAGCUCAUAUGCGAUCGCAUACUGGUGAAAAACCAUACAAAUGUGAAUUGUGUUCCUUUCGCUGCAGUGACAGAAGCAACUUAUCUCACCACCGCAGACGCAAACAUAAAAUGGUGCCUGUCAAGGGUACAAGGUCUUCCCUAAGCAGCAAGAAAAUGUGGGGGGUUUUGCAGAAGAAGACCAGCAAUUUAGGGUACAGCAGAAGAGCAUUAAUUAAUUUGAGUCCACCUUCCAUGGUGGUUCAGAAACCAGACUACCUUAAUGAUUUCACUCAUGAAAUCCCAAAUAUCCAGACUGAAGCAUACGAGAGCAUGACCAAAACAACCCAGAGCAGUGGGUUGCCAAGAGAUCCACAAGACCUUAUGGUAGAUAAUCCUUUAAAUCAGCUCUCUACAUUAGCUGGACAGUUAUCUAGCUUGCCACCUGAAAACCAAAAUCCAGCCUCUCCUGACGUUGUUUCCUGUCAAGAUGAAAAGCCUUUCAUGAUACAGCAGCCUGCUGCACCUGCAGUAGUUUCAGCUGUGUCAGCAAAUAUUCCUCAAAGUUCAUCUCCAACCAGCCCAGAUCCUCGACCUACACACAAUCAACGGAACUAUAGCCCCGUGGCAGGUCCCAGCAGUGAUCGCAGUGCCCACACCAGUACUCCCAGCAUAAGUAACAGUCAACCAAGUACUCCAGCUCCAACCCUUCCAGUUCAGGACCCUCAGCUUCUGCAUCACUGCCAACACUGUGACAUGUACUUUGCGGACAAUAUCCUUUAUACUAUUCACAUGGGAUGUCAUGGAUUUGAAAAUCCUUUUCAGUGCAACAUAUGUGGGUGUAAGUGUAAAAAUAAGUAUGACUUUGCUUGCCAUUUUGCAAGAGGCCAACAUAGUCAACAUUGACUGAGAACGUGCUUUCAUUUAGUUUUUUAACAUAUUACAGUAUAUUUUUCAUACUUGCUGAAGGAAAGCUUGCACAUGCCCAUAAGGAAUCUUCACGUUAGUCAAUUCGACAAAGGAGGCAAAUUUAUUUCUGUGUUGUCGUAAAACUUGCCAGGGAAAUUUUGUGUAAGAUGUAGUUGUUAUUUUAUAUGUAGCCUUUCAAAAAAGCUGAGUGAGUGCUGUAAGAAUUGGAAUGCAUUUACAUGCUUUGAUCGCUAAAUUUAAGUUGCUUGCACUUAAUCCCAAUAAAUGUUCUACAAAUG